UUGCAAUAAAUUAAGGGUGUACAGAAUUAAGAUUCCACCUGUUAUCUAAAAUUCGCAGAGUUAUCUGCGUGGCGCAGGCGCAGACGUAUUAGACUGUGACCUUGACACCAUUAGUUACGCUUUGGCUGUGCUAAACGCAGCGAUAGAAUAUAAUAUACAUUCAUUUAUACGUAUGAGUUAAACACUUCAGCAUAAUCCAGGAAGAUGGAGGCACUGUGGAUAAAACUACAAGCAACAGGCAUGAUUCCAAAAGCAAGAAGCAGCCAUAGUUUGACAGUGGUAGGUAAGAAGGCCUUUAUGUUUGGUGGGGAGCAUGAACCUCGAAAGCCAAUUGAUAACAAACUUCAUGCCUACGAUUUGGAGAAGAAUGAGUGGUCGGAAGUGCAUACGCAUGGUGCCGCCCCCUGUCCACGAAUUGCUUGUGCUACAGCUGCAGUGCAAGGGUGUGUACUGGUAUUUGGUGGAAGGACUGGUAUAACCAUGGGUGAGGGGGCCCUGAAUGACCUUCACAGCUUUGACCUAGAAUCAUCAACUUGGUCACAACUAAACACAAAAUGCCCUCCUGCUCCACGCAGCUUUCACACGACUACUUCUGUUGGGACAAAAUUUUUCGUCUUCGGUGGCUGUUCGGAUAAAGGCAGACUGAAUGACCUCCAUUGCUACGACACCAAGUUAGGAGAGUGGGAAGAGAUGCCAUGCAGUGAGGCCAUCUUGGGGCGUGGGGGCUCUUGUAUUACAGCCCUUGGCGGUGCCAUCUAUGUUACUGCAGGCUUCAGUGGGAAGGAGAUGAAUGACAUGCAUCGGUUUGAUAUUGCAACAAGAACAUGGAGUCAGCUUUCCAUGGCAAGGCCCAUACCUCCACGCAGUGUUUUUGGCUGUGUACCAGUAGGCGAGCAUCACUUGAUUGCAUUUGGGGGAGAAGUGGAUCCAUCGGACCAGGGACAUGAAGGUGCGGGAGAGUUUUCCAAUGAAACCUUUGUUUUCAAUACCCAGAACCCCACAGAGGGUUGGACGAAGGUUUCAGUGAAAGGACAGGUGCCGCCCCCUAGGGGCUGGUUUGCUGCUGCUGGUUUACCCAAUGGAAUGCUGGUCUUUGGAGGGAAUUCCCCUAGUAAUGCCAGACUAGCUGAUAUGUACAGACUUGAAAUUGAGGGAUUGGCAUAGUAUCUGUUUCAUACAGACAAAACAAUUUUUAGGAACAGGUCUGCGUCUCAUCUACUUUAGUGACAUAUCCUGUGUGCUUUUUCAGUGAUAAACAGACCACACAGUAAGCAGGACCUAAAACUUGUCUCCCCUUUCAACCAAACAAAAAGUAUUAUCCUAUAGUGUUGGAAUAAACGCAGGUUAUGCAGUUGCUUUGGCUUAAUCAGGAUUCUGAUUAAUGCUGCUUGAUGCCAUAACCCAUUGAAUGUAAAGACCAAGUAUACCACAUCACAAAGUUGCCUUCUAUAUAAACAUAUAAUUAUAUAACAUUUCUUUCUUGCAUACCAAAUUUAUUCGGCAAACUGUAUAUCAUCUACACGUUUGAUUUUAAUUGUAGUUAAUGAAACCUUGACAUUCCAGAUUAUGUAUUAUUCAUGAGGUUUUUGGGUAAAAAGAACCACAGAAUGCUUUGUUGGUUCCUUUAGUUUUAACAUAAACAGUUUACUUGGUGCAAGUAAUCAUCAUUGCAUAUUUUAAUUUGCUUAAUGCUAUUUGUUCACUGGCUGGGGUAAUUUUGCUAAGCUGUGCUGGUGUUGGCUUCACAGAAGAAGUUGAGAUUGGAAGUAGGUCUUACCUGUGGCCCCAAGUUUGAUCAUCUUCUAUUUCAAGAUAAGCUGUUUUAAAAUAACUGUAGUGAUUAAGCAAUCGUUCACGGUCCAAAACUUCUUUUCAUUAUAUGAGGAGAGUGCAAUACUAUUGGGCCACGUUCGACUUUUAUUGGGUCUUAGUAGAC